UUGGAAAGCAAAAGCUAAAUACCACUGUAUCCGUUUGAACCGUUCUCUCUCUCUCUCUCUCUCUCUACCCAUCCCUAAUCUACCCCGCCUAUACAUCCUUCCUUCCCCCCUUUCUUCAUCAUCAUCAUCAUUUUCGUCAGAUUCCACUUCCUCGCCCUUUUCCUUUGCCCCUUUUAGUUUCCUCGCUGAAAAUGACCACUCCUGCGCUCAAGACCAACUUCCUCCCUCCCGGCCUCGUUUCCAAUCUCCAGGAAGCUCUCGCCAGCCGUAAAUCUGCCGACGCCGGCGACAAGCCCGACGAGGAUUCCUCCCCGGCCGCCUCUUCUCAGAACGACCCUGCCGCCGAUGUGGAUGCCUCCAAGCCUAUCAUCCUUGUUACCAAUAGCGACGGGAUUGAGUCGCCGGGGCUCUCGCAUUUGGUCGAUGCUCUCGUUCGCGAAGGCGCUUACAACGUCCACGUUGUCGCUCCUCAAUCGGAAAAAUGUUCGUCGGGGCAUUCAGUCUCUCUCAAGGAGACAGUUGAGGUGGCUUCUGUCGAAGUUACGGGUGCUGUAGCGUAUGAAGUUUCUGGAACUCCGGUCGAUUGUGUGUCAUUGGCAUUAUCUGGUGCGCUGUUUUCAUGGUCGAAACCUCUGUUGGUAAUAAGCGGCAUCAACAAGGGCUCGAGCUGUGGCCAUCAUAUGUUUUAUUCGAGUGUUGUUGCCGGAGCUAGGGAGGCAGUAGUUAAUGGUGUGCCGGCCAUAUCCAUAUCAUUUGAUUGGAAAAAGGAUAAGAGUGAGGAGAGUAACUUCAAGGAUGCUGUGACCGUGUGCUUACCUAUAAUAACGGCAACGAUAAGAGAUAUCGAGAAGGGGGUUUUUCCUAAAGGAUUCUUGUUGGACGUAGAAGUUCCAAACUCGCCACUAACUAACAAGGGGAUAAAAGUUACAAAGCGAAGCCUCUGGAGAUCGACCCUUUGCUGGCAAGCUGUCUCUGGAACCAGGGCUCAGUCGGCUUCCCGAUUUGGCGGCCAGCCAGCUCUCGGCAUGCAGUUUGCCCAACUAAGCCGUGACGCCUCUGCUGCUGGUGCUGCCCGUCGCUUGAACACCCAGAAAAAGAAUGUUGAAGUCGUCGAAUCCAUGGGCGCUGCCGGGAAAUCUGAUUUCAAAAGAACAGUCAAGUACUUUCGUGCAGAGAUGCUCGACAAAGAACAGUCGGAGGAGGAUGAGGAUCUGGAUUUCAGAGCGCUCGAAAAUGGAUUUGUCUCGGUUUCGCCAGUGUCUCCAUCGGGACAUUUAGAUGCAGAGACGGGGGCUGCAGCUUCGGAUUGGGUUACGUCUGCGCUGCUGGAGGGGCAAUAACAGCGCGGUGUUAGGUUUGUACAAUCUGAAGAAGACAACUAGCUUAGCCAGUCAUUUCGUAACCCUCCUCGUGUAUUUUUCGAAGAACCAUGAGGCCGAAUUUCUCGAUUUUUUUUGCCCCCUUUUUUGUUUGGUGUUGCUACUUGACUUAGCUCCUUAAGUUUCACAAUGGUGGUUUUGGUUUUAGGCAGCAGCAAAUCAAAUGCUGCCCCUGCCCCUGCCCCUGCCCCUGCCCAGCUUUUGAUUUUGACUUACAGGUGAAUUGAAUUUAUGGAUUAUAUAUAGUUUGGUUUUCUAUUUUGUUGGUGAUGGAUUUUCUUGUAUUGGGGAAUGUUUUGUGGAAUCGAGUGUUUGUUUUUUUA